AGGAAUCGCCGAUAGCCGUCGCCUCUCCAGCAGUACAUCGCUGGUCCAGUAUAUAGUGUGUCUCCCUGGCUAUAUAACAAAUAGGCGGUAUAUAGUCUUCGUUCGCGCGUGCGAAGGUUAUGGAUUAAAGGCAUCGGGGUGUGGCUGUACGCGCGCGGUUUGUAAAUAUAAAAUCCGGAGGGCGGUUGGCCCGCCAGUGUGGCUACUUCGAUGUCGCGAGGGACGACGAGGGAGAGGCUCGGUUAUGACGAUGCCUAAGGCGGAUUGCAGACCUAUUUCUGAGGGAGUAUCAUGGCUGCUGAGUGCUCUGCACCAGCCACUCGUUGACAUCUGUUGAUCUGCUGCUACGAGGAGAGGAGGACUGGUCUGCCACUUGGGUUGUGCAGGCCCAUGAGACCACAGGUUACAAACCCUAUGUGGGAUGUUCAGCUCAACCACUCCCACUCAGGCCCACGAGUACACCGAGAUGUCUCGGUUAGCCGAUUACUUUGUAAUCGUGGGCUACCAUCAUGAGAAAGAGAGAAGCGGUACUAGUAGUGGACUUAUUCUGCAAAGAUUUCCAGAGAAGGAUUGGCCUGACACUCCGUUUAUUGAAGGCAUAGAAUGGUUCUGUCAACCACAAGGAUGGGCGCUGUCUACAGAGAGGCAGGAACCUCGGUUCUUUGUGUCUAUAUUAACAGACAUAGACGCAAACCGACACUACUGUGCAUGCAUGUGCUUCAACGAAACUGUGUCCAUUACACCAAGCAAACCAGUGGACGAAGAAGAAGAUCCAGUAGAUGGAGACAGUCGUGCACUAGUUAUCAAGACCCUACCAGCUAUUGCACAUCACAGCAUUAUGUAUGCUCCAAAAUGUUUGGUACUGGUAUCCAGGCUUGACUACAUUGAAACCUUUCGUAAUUGUCUCGGUAUUAUUUAUACCGUUUAUGUAGAAAAUCUUGGUAUACCAUUGGAAACACUUGUUGGUAACAUUUUGGGAUGCAUACAGGUGCCACCCGCUGGUGGGCCACAAGUUCGUUUUAGCAUUGGUGCAGGUGAUCGUCAAGCACUGCAGCCACCCAUCAGCCCCUCUCUUCCUAUUACUCAUACUAGCGUUAAUUUGUUAUUUCAACAGUUGGGUAUUCGUAAUGUAUUGGUAUUAUUCUGUGCUGUAAUGACAGAACACAAAAUUCUGUUUCACUCUGCAAGCUACUCAAGAUUAACAGAAGGAUGCAGAGCACUAACUGCACUGAUGUAUCCGUUUCGUUAUACUCAUGUAUACAUUCCACUUUUGCCAGCUGCUCUAGUCGAAGUUCUAAGCACACCAACGCCUUUUAUUAUGGGCGUGCACAGCUCUCUAAAAUACGAAGUAGCUGAAUUGAUGGAUGUCAUUGUGGCUGAUCUGGACGGCGGUUCGAUCAUGGUACCAGACGGAGUUUCCCUACCCUUGUUACCGGAACCUCUCUUGUCGCAAACCCAGGACGCCUUGUCUCUGGUUCUGCAGCCCGAGUUAGCUUGCGCCGAUUACGCGUUUCCGCCGAUGGCUUCGAGAGCACCCAACCCGGCGAUGCUCGACAAGGAACUUCGCGCAGUUUUUAUGAGGACCUUCGCGAAUCUGUUGCAAGGCUAUCGUAGCUGCCUGACGCUCAUUCGCAUACAUCCCAAGCCUGUUAUAACAUUUCAUAAAGCUGCUUUUCUCGGAGAGCGUAAUCUGAUGGACUGCGAUUUCACGGUGCGCGUAUUGGACUGCAUGUUCUUUACGUCUUUCAUCGCUGAGAGAGGUCCACCGUGGCGGGCUUGCGACGUUUGGGAUGAGCUGCAUAGCAACUUGAGCGAUCAACUAAAGCAAGAAGCUCAAGAUCAUACUCUCGUAUUAACUCACGUUCAAGAGUUAGCGCAACAGUUAUACAUGAACGAAAAUCCAAAUCCUCAGCCGUACGUCCAAAAAAUUCUGAAACCUCCGGAGGGAGCUUUCGCGCGUAUUCACCAGCCACUGCUUCCGCGCAUUAAUACAGAAACGGUCCAGGCAAUCAUUGACGAGGGUCUUGCUAAAAGCAACCUGAAAGCGCGACUGUCCCUGCUCAGGCCGAUACCACCGCGCAUAGUACCAAUGGGGCCGCACAUAUCUGUGGUUCACGACACUCGGCAUUUGGUCAGCAAUUCAGCACGUAGACUGGAAGUGCUGCGCAGCUGUAUCAACUGCAUCUUCGAGAACAAAAUAUCCGAUGCACGCAAGACAUUCCCGGCAGUGCUGCGAGCACUGAAAAGUAGGGCUGCGCGGUUGGCGCUUUGUAUGGAGCUGUCGCAACAUGUUGUCGGAAACAAGGCAAUGCUGGAGCACCAGCAGUUUGAUUUAGUGGUCAGGUUGAUGAACUGCGCGCUGCAAGAUAAUUCGUCGAUGGAUGAACACGGUGUUGCUGCAGCACUGCUGCCCUUGGCUGCUGCAUUCUGUAGAAAACUCUGCACUGGUGUCAUUCAAUUCGCGUACACGUGUAUUCAGGAACAUGCGGUCUGGCAGAAUCAGCAAUUCUGGGAGGACGCCUUCUACCUUGACGUCCAGAAAGAUAUCAAGCGUUUGUAUCUACCGGGAGAGAAUAGCCUCUCGCGGCUAAACGACGGUCUGCUUAGUCCCACAAGUCCACGUGACAACAAGGACCUAUUCAGAGACCGCACUCUGGUCUACCGGGGUCAGGAAGCAUCUGCUUUGGAAAUCGCCGCCGAGCAGAUGCGGAUAGCAUCGUCCGUCAGUCCUGAAAAGCAGCGCGAGUUGAUUGCUAGUGAAGAAAGUACGUUGUACAGUCAAGCGAUCCAUUACGCAAACAGGAUGGUCAAUUUGCUGGUGCCAUUGGAUAUUGGAGCCAAGGCGCAUCGACAAGAUCACAUCAUCGAUGACGAACGUGCGAGCAACAGCAUUACUAACAGCGUUGCCAGCGAUAGCGGCGAUGCGGAAUCCGGGUUCGAGGAGACGGAUCCUGGAGAGAUGGGCAGCGCGGUCAUACGAAUGGUGUCGCGGUUCGUCGACCGUGUCUGCACGGAAGGCGGCGUUAGCACGGAACACGUCAGAUGUCUGCACCAAAUGGUACCAGGCCUCGUACACAUGCAUAUCGAAACUCUGGAAGCCGUGCACAGAGAGAGCAAGAGAUUACCUCCAAUUCAAAAACCGAAAAUACUGACGCCGAAUAUGCUACCUGGAGAAGAGGUGAUAAUGGAGGGUUUGCGUGUUUAUCUGUUACCCGAUGGCCGAGAAGAGGGUUCGGCCGGUCUUCCUAAAACGCCGCCCUUCUUACCGGCCGAAGGAGCUAUAUUCCUGACUAAUUAUAGAAUCGUUUUCAAAGGAAUCCCCUGCGAUCCUUUCGCUUGUGAGCAAAUGGUAGUACGUGCUUUUCCGGUUACAUCUUUAACCAAGGAGAAACGCGUUCCCGUGCAGCACCUAUCGCACAUUGAUCACUGGAACCAGGAAGGACUUCAGCUGCGUUCCUGCACCUUCCAACUGAUAAAACUGGCGUUUGACGAGGAAGUGACCCCCGAGAACGUCGAGACGCUGCGCAAACUAGUUCAUAAGGCUCGAAAUCCUCCGCAUAUCUUUCAUCAUUUCGCUUUCAGUGGGCAGGUUUUGGUUACACCUACAGCUCAUAACAAAGGAAAAGAGAAGCACGCUACUCUAAAGGGUUUUGCAAAGAAGACUUUACUGAAAACUGCCAGAAAGGCUGGUUUUAAACCUAAACAAUCCUCAAAGAGGCAAAAGUACGUUUUGCCAAACAUGAAUCUCACUAGUAAUAAUAAAUACAUGACGUCCCCUGGUCGAAUGAGUCUACCGAUUACGGAAAAUAACGAUUUAAGCCACGAUGAUGAUUUAAGCGUUGAUGAAUUCGAGAUACCAGGGAUGAUUGUUCCUCCCGUGACAGAUGCCAAAACCCUAGAACGAUUAUCUGAGCGAAGUUACGUGAGAGAUUGGUAUCGUCUUGGUUUGUGCUCAAACGGGCCGCAGAAUAAUCGACGAAACGAGCCAUUUCGAUUGACCUCAGUUAACUGUGCCUAUAUGAUAUGCAGAAGCUAUCCCGCUCUAUUUAUAGUUCCUACCUCCGUGUCAGACGAAAGCAUUCGUAGGUUUUGUAGAUUGUACAGACAUAAUCGAGUUCCGAUCGUGACCUGGCGCCACCCGCGUACGAAGGCUCUGCUCAUCAGAGGUGCUGGCUAUCAUGGCAAAAGCGUCAUGGGAAUGCUCAAGGCGCAUCCGACAUCUGCAGGAAAUCUCAAAGCGAGUUCGUCGGAAAGUACGUCAACACUGGAACAAGAGAAGUACAUAGCUGCUCUCGUAGCCUCUACUCCAGUAUCGAUACUACGACAAGGCUCAGCUUGGGGCAUGUCGGACAGUUCGCUGAGCAUCGAUUCGCUUUUAUUAGCUGCCGAAGAUAGAAACGCAACUCCCGAGCAAUCUCGACGGAACCCUUUCAACAAAGCCAUGGGCACUUUAGGUUCUUCUGGAGGUAAAGGUCCGAAAAAUUUCGGUAGGUGGGGUUCUCUCAAGGACAAGAGGCAAAGCUCGCAAGCGUCCUUGGCGUCGGCAAACCAAAGAGGGACCGUCAGGCAUUCGGCUGAUUCCGAUAGUGGAACCGAGUGCGUCCAUACGUUCCAGAAAGCUGCUCUCUACAUUCUCGGCGAGAAAUCGCACAUGAAAGGAGUAAAAGCAGAGUCAGCACCAAAAACUGAUUUUAUACCUGUUGAAUUUUACGAUGUAAGACAUACUAAAGCCGCUUUUAAAAAACUCGUCAGAGCUUGCGUUCCCAGUACCCCCAAUGUAGAACCAGAUGCCAGUUUUUACAAAUUGAUAGAAAAUUCAGAAUGGUUGCAGCAGCUUCAGAGCCUAAUGCAGCUUGCAGGAGCCGUCAUCGAUUUAAUGGAUCUUCAAGGCUCCUCCGUAGCCGUUUGUCUAGAAGAUGGCUGGGACACUACAGCCACAGUAUGCUCAAUAGCUCAAGUGUGCCUAGAUCCGCACUAUCGAACCAUCGAGGGCUUCCGAACUCUUAUAGAGAAAGAAUGGCUCGGGUUCGGUCAUCGUUUCGGUCAUCGCAGCAACUUGGCGGCCAACUCUCAGACCACGAAUUUCACACCCACCUUCUUACAGUUCCUCGAUAUCGUUCACCAGAUUCAGAGGCAGUUCCCGCUAGCUUUCGAAUUCAACGAUUACUAUCUUAAAUUCUUAGCAUAUCAUUCAGUAUCAUGUCGGUUUAGAACUUUCUUGUUAGAUUGCGAAUUUGACAGGGUCGAGUGCGGUAUCACAGCUGUAGAGGACAAACGAGGAUCCCUCACGAGUCAUCAUAAAGGAGUAGAUACAGGUAGUGAUGACGAGACAGUGUAUCCUGGUGGAAGACUAGCGGGAACCAAUAUGGGUUCAAAUCUGGGCCAAAGCAUAUUUGACUACAUCGAGAAGCAACAUACGAGAGCUCCUCUAUUCUAUAACUUCAUGUACACUCCAAAUACCGAGCAUCCAAUCUUACGACCUGUGUCACAUUUACCAAGUCUUGACAUAUGGGAGUACUAUCUGGAGGAAGAACUGGCUCAUGGGCCUGCCUAUGACCUGGAGAUACUGCAGCAGGAUUCGCAGCAAGAAGAGGAGUCCGAGGCUGCCGACGGUAUCGUCAAGAGCAACCGCAAAGUCGUUACGCAAGGAUAUAACAGCGUCAAUACAAUGGUACCGGAUCAAUUCACUCACCUUCUGGAAGAAAUUCACAAGCUCGAGACGGAGCUUGGCCACUUGCCUCAGAAGUGGAAAGUUUUGUGGGACAAGCUUGAAUUACCCAAUACCGAUUCACUAACUAGACACGCAUCGUUCAGCACAGCACUUGUAAGGCAUCACGGUCGGUUAAUUCACAAACGUUCUACUUUAGAGCUGCUUUUAAGAGGAAAACUCGCUGGAGGAAAUACUACUGGAAAUGAAAGUUCCGUCUACGUUCAUCCUCAUAGAUUCGAACGACUUGAUACCGCAACGCCGACACAUUGUGACGCUUGCUCCGGCGUUUUAUGGGGUCCUGUAAAAGCUGGAUUAAGAUGCGUCGAUUGCGGUCACGUAUGUCAUGAAAAAUGCGCCGAUUCUGUAUCGAAAAAUUGCACAAAAUACAAAGCGGUCGGAUCGGACAACAUACAAAAUCAUACUCUUACUCGAAGCGGAGGAGACAAUGGAAGUGUGAAUUCAAGUACCACGUUGCAAACUUCAUCGCAACAAUAUUACGAACAAUUUUCUAGUAAUGUAGCGGAAAAUAGAACACACGAGGGAUACUUGUUUAAGCGUGGAGCUCUACUCAAAGGAUGGAAGCAAAGGUGGUUUGUUUUGGAUUCGAUCAAGCAUCAGUUGAGGUAUUAUGAUGCUAUGGAGGACUCGAACUGCAAAGGAUACAUAGAUCUUGCUGAGGUCGUAUCUGUGACUCCCGCAGCUCCUGUGCAAGCACCCGGAAAAAAGACAGAUGACAAAUCUUUCUUUGAUCUUCGCACAAAUCGCCGAACGUACAACUUUUGUGCUGGAGAUGCCGCGACUGCGCAAGAGUGGAUCGAAAAGGUUCAAGCGUGCUUGCAGUAGUGCCUCGUUUCCAAUUUAUAUUUAUACGAAAUUAAACAAGUGACUGAUAGGAUAAUUAUUCCGAUUUGUGAGAUACUUUUGUAUAGUGUAACCGUAAACGUCAUGAACAGUAAAUUUGCGUUCGUUAUAAUUUUUAUUAAUUAAAAUUAAUGGUUAUGUGAUUAUAUGGUAUUCCAAAUGAUGCCUAUGAAAGUGAAUGUGGAAUAGCAUUAAAGUACGUUCUAACAAGAUAAACAAGAGUUAUGAACUUGUUCUAAUUUUUAUAAAGAUUGUUCGAUUUUACCUUUUUGACGAGUGAUUACAUAAUUUAUGGAAGCGUUACAGUUUUCUUAAAAAAAAAAAACCCUGUUUUCUACUUUCCAUCAAAGUGCGUACUAGUAAUGAUUUAUAAUCACGCAAAUUAUAGAUAUAAAAGCUAUGUACAACCCUUGAUAUAUAACUAGGAUUGUUAUUGCUAGAUUUGCAUCAUGCGAUUUUGCUUAUUAUGGACUGUGAGCAAGACAAGAAAAUGAGAAUCAAUGAUUCUGCUUGUUCAGCUUUGUGAAGAAAAAAAAACUUUUUCAUAGCGUUUAUUCGAAUUUAACUAAGUGGAAAAAUGGCUAUUGUCAAGUUGUACUAUAACAGAGCUAGAUCGAAAUGGUAUAAAUCUGUUGCUAAUUAUUGUGAGUCUCGUUUAAAAAAUUGUAUACAAAUGUUCUUGUAUAAAUGGCAAUAUAAUAGACCUUACAGUGGAUGCGAUAUAA